AUGCCAUGGCUUCAAUCCAAUUGCGUUAGUUUAGUUAUUAAGAUUGGUUCGGAUUAAUAUCACUUUUUUUAUUCUGUUUUCAAUUUCUGACGCCCAUUUUAAUCAUUAAUCACGUAAUAAAACAAAUAUUCUGAGAAUAUUUGAUAGUUUUUAAUUUUAGAAGUUACCUAUUUUUAACUGAAUAUAUUCCUAUCAUAUGCCAUAUCUAAUUAUAUUUAUAUGUGUUUUAAUUAAGCACAAAUUUUGAUUCGAAUAGUAUUAUAAUAUGGCUUCUUUUAAAAAAAUAAAUCAUAAAACACUUAUGAAAUCGAGUGUAGAUUUAAUACCUGAUAAUUAUUAUUGGAAAAAUUAUGGUGUUUCAGUGUUACUUAAAGAAUUUGGACCAAUUGAUUUUAUUGACUUUUCACCAAAAGAUCCACAUUGUUUUGCUGUUACUUGUUCUUGUCGAGUACAAAUAUAUAAUCCAAUAACUAAAAUACUUUCCAAGAACCUUAAUAAAUUUAAAAAAGCAGCUUAUGGAGGAUCUUAUCGUAAAGAUGGUGAAUUGAUUUGUGUUGGUGGAGAUGAGUCAGUUAUCAAAGUAUUUAAUGUUCAUACCAGAAAUCCUUUAAGAAUAUUUGCUGGACAUACUAAACCUAUUCAUAGGACUUUUUUUACUGUAGAUGGAAAUAGAAUCACAUCAUUUUCAGAUGAUAAAUCUACAGCAGUGUAUGAUAUUAUGAGUGAAAAGGAACUUAUUUCUUUUAAAGAACAUCGUGAUUAUGUUAGAGCUGGUUGUGUCAGCCCGGUUAGUCCCGAUAUUUAUUUAUCUGGAGGUUAUGACAAUAUGGUGAAUAUGUAUGAUAUAAGAUUACAGAAAAAAAUAUUUUCAUUUAAUCAUGACUUUCCAGUUGAAAGUCUUUUAUUUUUACCUAGUGGAGGAAUAUUUUUGUCAGCUGGGGGUACUGAAAUAAGAGUAUGGGAUUGCCUUUCGACUGGAAAACUUUUAGCCAAGAUUUCGCAACAUCACAAGACAAUAACAAGUUUGCAAUUAGCAUCUGGCGGGCAGAGAAUACUGUCGGGGUCAUUAGAUAAACACAUCAAAAUUUAUGAUUCUGGAACAUUUAAGCUAAUCCAUACAUUGGAAUAUCCUAAUCCAGUACUAAGCAUUGGUGUUAGUGCUAAUGAUCAAUUUAUAGCAGCUGGCAUGGUCGAUGGAAUGAUAACAGUCAGACAGAAAGAAGAUGCAGAUAGGAAAUGGUUGCAUGCUAAUAAAAUAUCAUACCGUUACGAGGGAAGCAAUGUAUAUUAUUCUAACGUUGAUAGUUAUGUACAAGGAAGAACAAAAAAACUGUCAUCCAAACAUGAUGUCUGUUUGAAAAAAUUUCAAUACUCUAAAGCUCUCGAACAUGUGAUGAUCAAUUACGUAACAAAUAAAUGUCCACAUAUAACAGUAAGUCUGCUUCAAGAACUGAUUCGUCGAAAAUGUCUUUCGCAAGCUUUAAAUGGUCGAGACGGAAAAUAUUUAAUCAACAUGUUUAAAUUUAUAAUACGUCAUGUUGGAAACAUAAGAUAUUGUCGAGUAAUAUUACACGUAGCUGAUAUUCUAUUAGAUCUUUGCGAAAAUAAAGUAGAAGACGUUAGUUUUGCUCUUAAGAAUAUAUGGAAAUUAUUAUUGAAAAGAUUAAAGGAAGAAUUACAUAUGAUUGCGUCAUUAUUGACUUUACAAGGAGCUAUAGAUAUGAUUCUCUCAGCCACCGAAAUAGUAGAUUCAACCAUCAUUAAUUAUCAACAAAAUUUUACACCAUCUAAUUUAGCAUUAGAAAAUGUUAUCUUAAACGUGUUUUAGAUGUAAGGAAUGUCCGAUUGGCAGAAAAUUAGAUGAUUAAGAAAUAUAUACAUUUGUUCUUUUUUCUCAUCAUUUUUUUGCUAAUAAAACUUUCUAGCAGUGU